CAUUUCAUUGUCCAAAAAAAAUUCCCUGGGUAGGUGUCUCCCCGCCUGAGCUUACCUAGACCAUCUGUCACCGAAAAAAAUCAUGUCCACCAUCGACACCACCCUCCCACCCCAGCCCACCGGCGCAGCCGCCACCUUCGCAGCCGCCCACGCCGCGCCGCACCCGCUGCAGCUCUACGGCGGCUGGUUCUGCCCCUUCGUGCAGCGCGCCUGGAUCGUGCUGGCCGAGAAGCACAUUCCGCACCAGUACGUCGAGAUCAACCCGUACCGCAAGGAGCCCGAGUUCCUGGCGCUCAACCCGCGCGGGCUGGUGCCCACGCUGGUUGUCGACCUGCCGUCAUCAUCAUCGUCAUCAUCACUAUCAUCAUCAGCCGGAGGAAAGGAGGAGGCGACGACGACGACGAAGAAAAAGAAGACGCUCUACGAAAGCACGGUCAUCUGCGAAUUCCUCGACGAGGCCUACGCCGACGAGCAAGCGCACGGCCCCAGGCUGCUGCCGGCCGGGGACGGGCCGGCGGCGGCGUACGAGCGCGCGCGCUGCCGGCUGUGGAUCAACCACAUCGUCACGCGGGUCGUGCCGGCGUUCUACCGGCUGCUGCAGCACACGCCGCAGAAGGAGUACGGCAUCGAGGAGGCGCGGGCGGGGCUGCUGGACGGGCUGAAGGCGUUUGCGCGGGAGAUGCUGGACGCCCGGGCGAGGGAUGGGGAUGGGGAUGCGGGUGGGGACGGGAAAGAAGGCCCGUGGUUCCUCGGGGACCGGUUUAGUCUCGUCGAUGUCAUGCUCGCGCCGUGGGCGAAGAGGCUGUUCCUGAUUGACCACUACAAGCCGGGCGGGGUGGGGAUCCCGAAGAAGGGCGAGAGGGGCGAGGACGAGGAGGUGUGGGCGAGGUGGGACCGCUGGUUCGACGCGGUGGUGGAGAGGGAGAGUGUGAAGGCCACGUGGAGCGACGAGGCGAGGUACAUCGAGGCGUAUAAGCGCUAUGCGGAGGACACGACGCAGUCUGAGGUCGGGCAGGCUACCAGACAGGGGCGGAGUCUGCCUUGAGUUGGCGCCAUGAGGUGCCUACGUGAGCAGCAGGCCUAACUCGACGGUUGCUUUGAAUGUGAAGGCGAUGAACUAGUUUCGGCGUUCCAUCUGGCCCAGUAUUUUUUUCUUCUAUCUGGCACAAUAUCUUUUGGUUCCAUCCGCGGCGCAGAUUGCGAGGAGGAUCACUUCAUCCUGUUGUCAGCAGCGAACGCUGGACAGAACUCAGAUGGCUCAAAGGCAUUUUGCUCGCUCCGUGUCUCAAGCUAGCCAAAUAGCCCAUUAACUAGGCGGACCGUGAACGCUCACAGACACGCGGAAUGGCGCAAUAUGUGGCAUAUGCGUGUGCUCUCGAGCAUUAGGUAGUCUUACAACAGCAACAGCUUCGGCCAGGAGGGCCUUGGCUCUCGUACGCAACGCAACUG